AUGGCUGGCAUCACCACCGUCCCCUGCAAACUCUUUCACUACCAUGCCACACCUUCACCUCUUUUCGCUUCUUCUCAUUCCAAACUCUUCGGCCUUCCCCUCUCUAAUCCCAAUUCCUUCAAAUACGACCAUUCUCUCUCCACUUCUCUCUCCUACGUAACCGCUCGCUACGGAGGCGGUGGCGCUGGCUCCCGCACCUUCGACUCCGCCGACUCACGGAGACGCCAGCCUGAACCUGACGACGACCAAGCACUCGACCUCUCCACUCUCAAGUCAGGUACCGUGAGGCUUAUUGAUCAGAACCAGAAUAUGGUUGGAGUAGUGUCAAUUGAUGACGCCAUUCGAAUGGCUGAAGAUGUCGAACUUGAUUUGGGAAUAGUGGUGGCAAAGGUGGGAGUAUCGUUUGCAUUCAGUUGUCUAUCAAUGGAUGCCGUGCUUCCAUACAUUUUUGGGAUGGGGUGUUGUGAAGACAUGAUAGGGCAACAAGUAACGGGGAAUACUUGUGUUGUUGUUUCUAAUAAGACUUUAGCAUUUGAUGUUUGCUGGACUAAAUCAAAUGAAUCUGCAUUAAAGGUAGUGCCUAGAUCUACAUCUGUCUAUCAUGAUUGA